AGAGCGGCCAAAAUCAGUAUAAAAGGGAGUGGGCAGCGAAUUUACAUCGGAAGAAGUAAGGCAUUAUCCUUGUUCAAAUUUUGCAAAUCAUAACCGACUACUCACCUUCACUCUCUAACGAGACACCCAGAAAUAUAGAAAUAAAGGUUUUUCUUAACGGCCCCCUUUCUUUCAAUCCUUUUCCCCCUGUUUUUUUAAUUCCUCUGCUACACUUUCCGCAGCCUUUAAAAGUAAAUUAAAGCAACAUUUCUAAUUAAUUACAAAUAUUUACUUACAAUUUAAAAGUUGAAAAGAGAAGAUGAUGACACUUAAUGAACAAGUGAGGAUAGUUGUGAGAGAAUUCAACGCCAAGAGAGAUUGCAGAGAAGUGGAAGAGGUAGAAAGAAGAUGUGAAGUUGGUCCUAGUGGAAAACUCUCUCUUUUCACUGACCUAUUAGGUGAUCCAAUUUGCAGAGUACGCCAUUCCCCUGCCUAUCUCAUGCUGGUUGCAGAGAUAGUGGUGGAAAAUGGAGAAGAAGAAAAAAGGGAGGGAAUAGUAGGGAUGAUAAGGGGCUGUAUCAAAAGCGUUACGUGUGGAAAGAGACUGUGGAGGAACAAUCACGAAUUCCCCAAAUUGCCUCAUCAACAACACCUCCCUGUUUUCACUAAACUUGCCUAUAUUCUAGGCCUUCGUGUCUCGCCGCAGCACCGGAGAAAGGGAAUUGGGUUGAAAUUGGUGCGGAAGAUGGAAGAAUGGUUCAGAGAAAACGGUGCUGAAUAUUCAUACAUAGCUACUGAAAACGACAAUCUAGCUUCUGUGAAACUCUUCACACACAAAUGCGGCUACGCCAAGUUCCGUACCCCAUCCAUUCUGGUGCAACCCGUUUUCGCUCACCGGGUCAAAAUCUCGAAAACUGUAUCCAUUUUCAAACUCACUCCAACUGAAGCUGAAACUCUAUAUCGCCAUAAAUUCUCCGCCACAGAGUUCUUCCCAAAAGACAUUGAUUCAAUUCUCAACAAUAAACUCAAUUUAGGUACUUUCUUAGCAGUUCCAAAGGGUACUUUUUCGUGUAAUUGGCCAGGUGUGAACGAGUUCUUAGCGGGUCAACCCGAGUCAUGGGCUGUACUCAGUGUGUGGAACUGUAAGGACGUGUUCAAGCUCGAAGUCCGAGGCGCAUCGAGGAUGACCAAGGGUUUAGCUAAAACGACCCGUUUAAUGGACCGGGCUUUUCCUUGGCUUAAGGUUCCGUCUGUACCCGAAGUUUUCAGGCCUUUUGGGCUUCAUUUUAUGUAUGGGCUUGGUGGGGAAGGCCCAUUAUCUGUGAAGUUAACUAAGGCCCUUUGUGACUUGGCCCAUAACUUAGCGGGUGAAUCGGGUUGCGGAGUGGUUGUGACGGAAGUAGCAAGCUGCGAACCGCUUAAGUUAGAAAUUCCACACUGGAAGAAACUAUCAUGCGCCGAAGAUUUAUGGUGUAUAAAACGAUUAGGGGAAGACUACAGUGACGGUUCUGUGGGUGACUGGACUAAAUCACGGCCUGGUCUUUCUAUCUUUGUUGAUCCAAGAGAAUUUUAACCUUUUUUUGGUUUCUCAUUUACGUAUUCAAGCUCGAUUAAAUUGAAAUUUUCGUCGCACACGGCCUUAUUGAGGAGAAGUGCUCCAUAGGUAAGGAUUUUUUUCUAUACUCAAAACUCUUCGGAGAUCUCUAAUUAAAAAAAAAUCUCAUUCACUACACCACAAUCCUUUCUAUCCGUGAUGAUGCAUCUUUUGGUGCUAGAGAAUUUUAGGGUAAAUAUACUUUGGAAGUCAUUUUCUUUUUGUAGGUUUUUCUUUUUGGGGUUAACUUUGUUUUAUAUUUUUAUAGAAGAAUUAGAGGUGAAGAAAGAAAAAAAAAAAAGAGAGGGAGUACCAGCACUUUUUGAUUGUCGUUGUUGUAAAGUGGGAUUGUAAAUAUCACUUUGUUUCUAACUUCUUCUUCUUUUUUGUAGUUUGAUGUGACGUUUUAGAUGAUCUUUCGUA